AUUGAGUUAUUUCUCAAGAUGCGAGAUGAAGGUAUUGAGCCUAAUGAACACAAUUUUGUUGCUAUUUUGACUGCUUGUAUUAGACUUUUGAACUUGAAUUUUGGUUCACAAGUUCAUGGUUUGAUAGUCAAAAUGGGCUAUUUGGACAAUGUUUUUGUUGCUAAUGUGCUUAUGGGACUUUAUGGUAAAUUUAGUGGAUUGAUGGAGUAUGUAGUUAAAGUGUUUGAUGAAAUGUCUCAACGAGACAUUGCGUCUUGGAAUACUGUGAUUUCUAGCGUGGUUAAGAAGCUUAAGUAUGAGAAAGCAUUUGAAUUGUUCCGUGAUAUGAAGAGAAAUGAUGAUUUUAGAGUUGAUUAUAUCACAAUUUCGACCCUUUUGACGGCUUUGACUGGAAGUUUUAGUUGCAUGGAAGGCCAAUCUCUUCGUGCUCAUGCUAUUAGAAUUGGGUUAUAGUGCAAUUUGAGUGUCAACAAUGGGCUUAUUGGGUUCUACACCAAGUGUGGAAGUGUAAAAGAUGUGGAGGCCAUAUUUGAGAGGAUGCCUAUUAGAGAUGUUAUUACUGGGACGGAGAUGGUAAUAGCCUACAUGGAAUUUGGGGUAGUGGAUUCUACAGUGGAGACAUUUGAUAUGAUGCCAAAGAAGAAUUGUAUUUCGUACAAUGCUCUUCUAGCUGGAUUUUGUAAGAAUAGCAAAGGCAUGAGAGCAAUUGAUUUUUAUGUUAAGAUGGUGGAGGAAGGUUUAGUCUUAAUGGAUUUCACUUUGACCAGCGUUAUUAACGUUUGUGGGUCACUCGCAGAAGUAAAAUUGAGUGAGCAAAUUCAUGGGUUCGUUUUAAAGUUUGGUUUUGGUUCAAAUGCUUGCAUUGAAGCAACAUUUUUGGAUAUGAUGACAAGGUGUAAGAGGAUGGCAGAUGCUGAGAAGAUGUUCCACCAAUGGCCAUCAUAUCAGGAAAGCUCCAUAAUUUGGACAUCGAUGUUAUGUGGGUAUGCUCAAAAUGGGCAACCAGAACACGCAAUUUCUCUUUACCACCACAGCUCUGGAAAAUUAUCAAAUAUUGUCACAACUUUUGUGCUUACUAAUUGUCAGAAGUUUUUUAUCAAAAGGCAGAACGUACUUCCCUUUGAAAUCGCUCAAGAGAGUUUUGCAGCAAUGAAGGUGAAGUAUCCUAGCUUUCACCUUGAGGAUAAGGUGAUUCUUGUUGGGCAAGGUAUUGUUAAGACUUCAUAUAAUGGCAAGGCACAAAACGAAGGCACACCACAAAAGCAAGACAGAGAGGAAGACACAAAAGCAAGGCAGUAACUGGACCACUAUGAAAAUGCAGACACGUGGCAAAUAAAAUCAACGGUAGUUAGAGGAGAAAAGGGUAUAAAAAUAUAAGAAAAGGAGGAGAGAGGGAGGAGACAUUUUUCAGGAAAAAAUAAGCAGCUUCAGCUGAGAAGGAGAGUACUUAGCCUCUCGAAAGCUAGGCGAUAUGGGGAGAAAAAUCAGAAAGCAAAGAGGAGAAGGAGAGCCCAGCCUGGUGGUGGAGUCCUGAGCUGGA